AUGAAAAAUGUAUUGGUUGUUUGGUUAUUUAUUAUAACAAUUUCAUUAACAUUAAAUGGCAAAUCACAUCUUAAAUUUCCUUUUGCUUCAUCAAAUUUUGCAGAUAAAUUUAUUCCAGUAGAUCCUGAAGAAUUAGAAAUAGCUAAAGAACAGGCUAAAGAAAUGCAUGCUUUUCCACUUGAUGAACUAGAUCCAAUUCAUUGUACAGGAAGAGGGCCUGAUUACAACAAUCCUGAUAAUUUAAAUAUUAAUGAUGUUUUGGGUGAUUACUCUUUGACUUUGAUUGAUUCUUUAAAUACAUUGGUUGUUGUUGGAAGUAAAGAUGCUUUUCAUAAAGCUGUUAAGCUUGUAAUUGAGACUGUUUCUUUUGAAAAAAAUGUUACUGUUCAAGUGUUUGAAGCAACUAUAAGAGUUAUUGGCUCUCUCCUUUCUGCACACAUGAUCUUAACUAACGAAAAUCCUUUUCAUGGCGAUUUCACUUUUCCUGAGUAUGAUUCUGAAUUGCUUACAAUGGCACACGAUAUUGCUGGAAGACUUUUACCUGCUUUUAACGGAACUGGGACAGGACUUCCUUAUCCUCGUGUUAAUUUAAUUCAUGGUGUUUUGCCCGGUACUUCGAAUGAAACUUGUACCGCUGGUGCUGGCUCUUUAUUAUUAGAAUUUGGUGUUCUCUCGAGGUUAUUAAAUGAUCCAACAUUUGAAGAAAAAGCGAGGAAAGUCAAUGAAAUUUUGUGGGAAUUUAGAAAUAAAGAAACUGGACUUAUGGGUAAUAUUAUUGAUAUUCAAACGGGGGAAUGGAAAAGUUUUAUGGCAGGAAUGGGAGCGGGAUUUGAUUCAUUUUUUGAAUAUUUGUUGAAGGCACAUAUUCUUUUUGGAGAAACACGUGAAUUGGAAAUGUUUAUUGGAAUGAGAAAAAGUAUAAGAGAACAGAUUAGGCGUGGACGGCCAAAAUGCAGAUUUGGAGAUGGAAAUCCACCAUUAUAUCCUAAUGUUGAUAUGCGUGAUGGAAGUAUUAUCAAUACUUGGUUGGACGCUCUACAAGCAAGUUUUGCUGGCGUUCAAGUAUUGGAUGGUGAUUUAGAUGAGGCAAUAUGUUCCCACGCGGUUUAUUAUGCAAUCUGGCAGAAAUAUGAAAUGAUCCCUGAACGCUUUAAUUGGCAUUCAAAAACACCAGAUGUUAAUUUUUAUCCGUUAAGACCGGAAUUUAUUGAAUCAACAUAUCUACUCUUUUUGGCAACAAAAAGUCCUUUUUAUCAACGUGUUGGAAUGCAAAUUGUUGACUCUUUAAAUUUACAUACUCGUUUUGGAUGUGGUUUUGCAACAGUCCACAACCUAUUCGACGUUAGCAACCCACUAAAUUGGCAUUACGAAAAAUUGUUAUUUUCAACAGAAGGGCAUACAUUCCCCAUCGUGCGAAGUUUAAGACGACACCCAGUUGGGCCAGUUUAUCAUGAUGAAACUGACACUUCAUGGUCAACAAAACCUCAAAAUUUUGGAAAUGGAACAAUUUAUCAAUCUUGCGACUCUUUACCCUUGCCGGAUGAUGUAGGUAAUAUUUUCCUGACUAAACCACUUCCAAUUUCGCCUUUCCAUUUGGGCCAGUAUUUCAGGGUGAUUGAUACAUCACUGGAUGAUUAG